ACUUUUACAUUUAUAUUUCUGUAUUGUUACAAUACUUGAAAAUGACUUUCUACUUAAAUCCGCCAUCUGGAAAUAUCUCAUUACAAAACUUGGAAAAAUUCGCACGCAUAAGACUUGAAUUUCUACUCAAAAUUUCUAGCUGUGGCGGAGAUAAGCUAAAACUACAGGAUACGGUGACCGACUUUCUUACGGUGGCCGAAUCUGAGUGUUUAAUUGAUGGCAGUAACAAGGACGUGGUAUCACAUUUCAUUCUCAGGUUGAUUAUGUGCCAGGAUCAUGAUUCCAAGGAUUUUUUGCUGAAAGCUGAGAGUCAGCUGUUCAAAUUUAGGUUUCAAUGCAUGUCAGAGGAUGAAUUGACUAAAUCAUUGAGAAGAACAGACUCACAUCUUAAAAAGGUGCAACAUAAUUAUUUGGUUCCAUCUAUACAUGACUUUCAAAAACUCAAAAAUAUCAGAGAUAUGUUUAGAUUGAUCACAACUACAGAACAAAGAUGGAAGCUGAUUGUGAGGAGAUAUCUAUCUGGUGAUAGUGAACGUGGAUUUCAGAUUCCAUUCUUCAUUGUACCCCAACUUGUAGCAAAGCGACGAGUUGAAUUGGAUAAUGGAUUGGCUUUUGUACCGUUCUGUAAGCUUGAAGAUGUGAUCUCCCAGCUUUGGUAUCAAUUACUGGUUUGGGGAAUAGACAGAGCCUGUCGGAUCCAGAAAACCUUUCUACAGGACAAAAGGAUGCGAGUUUUAACAAGACAUAUACAGGUCAUGUUCAGGAAGCAUCAUAGAACAUUUGAAGAUAGUCCUUUAAAUGAAAACUACCUAUCACAUGAUCAAGUGUCAGAGGUCAUGACCUUGUUCCCACCCUGUAUGCUACACGUACAUCAAAUCCUGACAACCAGACACAGGCUUCAGCACCACGCUCGAAUACAGUACACCCUUUUCCUGAAAGAAAUAGGAAUGCCAGUUCAUGAAGCUCUGAUGUUUUGGAGGAAAGAAUAUUCAAAUUCUGUAGAACCUCAUGAUGGAUGUCCUCACCACUGGCAGCAAGAUGGUCGACGCUACACAUACAACAUCCGUCAUCUAUAUGGAUUGGAAGGUGCUUGUAUCAACUAUAGAGGGCACUGCUGUGCAACUUUACAGAAUGCUGCCUGUGGGGUUGGAGAACAAGGUGGAUGUCCGUUCAAGUGCUUUGACUCUGAUCAUUUAGAUAUUCUGCUUCAGAGAGAAAAGAUUCUCUACUCAAGGGAGACAAUUCAUCAACUCUCAUCUGAGGGAAGAUACUCUGAAGCCUGUAGAAGUUUAUUUGUUGAAAAAAGUAAAAGACUGAUUCAGGAAACAGAAGUGCAUGGUAAAACAAAACCAACAGUUACUGAAUCCGGAUUUGAAGAGAAUGGCAUGAUAGUUAAUGAUGGUCAUAUGGUCACAAACAAUACUGUAGCGCUAACUUCAAUUGACCAUAGGGCUUUGGACAGUCAGAAUAUCACAGAAUGUCCAGACACGUCAAGGAUAUGUUCUUAUACUGGAAUUGGUGAAACAUCAUGGAGACAUUCUCACCGUGAUACAAACUGUAAUUCAAGCUCUGACAGGUCCGGUACAGGUGAACACCCCUAUAACGAUACAGAUAUGAGGGUUGAGAGUUUACCUGGCUGUGGGGACGGUAAGUUUGAAUCUGUCUCUACCUGUCCACAGAAACAGUGUAUCGAAGAAAGGACAGAUCAGGAAAGUAAAGACAUCUCAAAACCUUCACAGUUUUACUUCAGUCUCAGAAAAUUAGUUGAAGGUUUAAAAAAAUGUGAGAAAAAACAUCUGAAUAAAUGAAAUAAAU